AUGAAUAAGAAGUAUUUUCUCAAGGUUCAAUUGGAAAUAAAUUUUAUCUUAUUUUAGAAGGGCUAGUAGGAGUUUUUGUUAGUAUAAAAUAUGAACCUGAAUAUAAUUAGAGUUAAAAUGCUUUCAAAUUUGUAAAAACAAUAGAAAGUGGGGAUAGUUUUGGUGAAUUUUCUCUAAUAUAUAAUACUCCAAGACUGGCUUCCAUUCGAACUUUUUCAUAAUGCCAUUUUUGUGUACUUUAAAAGGCAGAUUUUAAAAAUAUUUUAAGACGGCAAGAAGAGGAUCGUUUAAUAAAAGAAAUAAAUUAUUUUAGUUCGUUUCCACUCUUUUAAGGAUGUGGUUUUGAUUUAUUAAGAGAUAUUUACUUAAAUGCAUUUCGAAUAAAUAAAUUUAAAAAUGAAAUUAUUUUUCAUGAAAAUGAUGAUUCUGAUGCUGUUUAUAUAAUAUAAUAAGGAGAAAUAUGUGCUUUUAAAAAUUUCACACAUACUGAAGAUGAAAAUAAAUAAAAUUAAAAUUAAUAAUAUAUAAAUCAUUUUUUUAAUUAAAAAUAAAUUGAAAAAAAAUUGUAUAUAUUAAGCUCACCCGAAAUGUUUGGGGAAGUAGAUAUUCUAAAUAAUUAAAAAAGAACUUUUAGUGUACGCUGUGAGUCUAUUAAAUGUGAAAUUUUAAUGUUGA